UAUUUCCUCAAUCUCUCAGUCUCUCUGGUGUCUCAUAGAGUAAACUCACAGCAGCACUUCUCGGCACAGAAGCAUCAAAUAUGGUUCUGAUCAAGCUUCUUAUUUUCACUUUGACUUUUUAUCAACUUUUUGUUGAUUUGGACGCUAUAAAAUGCCCAAAAGGUCACAAAGUAAAGAGUCACAGUGAGAGUGUCUGUGUCCCCUGCCACGAUGGAUCUUUCCAUCCUGGAGACAAUGAGUCUCUUUUUUGCCGUCCAUGUACAAAGUGUAUAGAAGAUUCGUGGAGCUUUGAGAAACAGGCAUGCACGAAAGAGACAGACACCAAAUGUGAGUGCCGUGGAGAAUUUGUCACCUGGGAUGACCUCUCUUCCACUUGCAAAUGUGACAUUGGAUUUGGACUAACAAAUGGAGUAUGUUCCAAAUGCAAAUACGGUCAUUUCAGCAAGAAAAUCAACUCACCAUGUCAAGAGUGGAAAAAAUGUGAGUCAGGGGUGAAAAUUGAUGGAAGCGGGACCUCAGAUGUCACCUGUAAUGAGCUGAGGAUUAACACUACAUCCUACACCAAACGCACACCAUCCAAGCAGCCACCUGAGGGGGCCCAUACUCAGAACAUGCUCGCCACCAACAUGACCACCACCACCACCACCCCCACCACAGCUUCUCCAGGACACAGAGUCACCACCAAGCCAAAUGGAAAAAUAGAGCCUUCCCAAAACUCAAACACAGGUCACCACAUAGGUACGGUCCUCAUCCUACUUGGAAUCGUUGGACUGCUUCUUCUCACUGCUGUGAAUUGCAAGCUGCACAACGCUUGUGUGCAGAGAAAACCAGGGCCAACAAAUGACUCAUUGUGUCGGAGGCCGGUUGAGGAGAGUGGCGACAGCAGCCCGUCCACCUCCAUCAAGCUGAUUCCCGGGGAGCCGUGAGAUGAAACUCUCCUUGAAGUGAACUUGUCGACUUAUUAAGUGAAUUUCUGGAUCUGAUGAGCAUCACAUGAAUAACUUAAUUUACGUAUUCCUCAUAUUGUUGGGUUUAACAUGUGUGAACCAUUUUGCUCCUUGGUCAAUAUUUGACUGAUAAUAGAGUAUCCAGUGCGUUACCUGGAAGAUCCUUAUGUAAUGUUCUUCACUUUUUAUCACUUUAUUUAUCAGCUUAGAUUUUAAUAGAACAGUACACUCAAAGAAAAUGGAUUUUUGGAUUUACUCAAAAAAGUUAUGUCAAGUGGUUCCACACAACUGUGUUAAAUUACUGCUGAGGUACAUUCAUUUGUAAUAUGGAGACAAUGAAAUCAAAUACAUUAUACACAAGGGAAUCGAGUAUAUAGAGCUUUAACUUCUUAGAUGUUUUACUUCAAAUUGAUCACAGGUAGAGUUUUGUGUGAGUUUUUCUGUAACCAUUUUCAACCAGGUUUUUAAAAAAGCUCUGAUAUUGUUUAUUUUGCUGCUUUUUUUUUUUUUUAAGCCUAAUGACCUUUUAUAAUGUGAUAUGGGUCAAUGAGACGAUUUUCUAAGAAUUAAAAAAGUGUGAUCAGUAUUGUUGUAGUAAAGUGCACUGAGCCAAACUGUUUGUGAACUGCUAAAGAGCCUUAGAAAAGCAUUUUACUUUAUUCAUUCAGUCUUUGUGUUUCUAUGUCUGUUAUGUUUUGUUUUUCAGUUCUGUUCCACUGGUAUCAUGUCUUUUAAGCUGAAAACCGUCAUGGCAAAAACAUGCUUUCAGUUGGGUUGGGGGAGUUCCCCUUUUGGUGAUUAAUGUGCCUUUUUUUCCCACUGAGAAAUACUUCCUGUCACGUCUUCAUUUCAACCUUUGGAGAGACUGACCCGGAGGGCUUGUGUGUUGUUCAUAACUCACUGGAGACUUCCCCAAAUCACUUUAAUAUGAAAGCAUGUCCUCAUUAUUGCCAUUUGUUUGUGUUGUGAUAAGAAAUUAGAUAUAUAAGCCUUCAAAUAACAGCAUGUACUCGAUAUAUAGUCCUAAGAUGCCAGUAGGAUCCACACUUCAGCCAACUCGUUUAUUUUUUCAACAACUAUGGUGUUUCAACACACUUCAAGGAAAAUAAAUUAACUAACAUUUCUUAUUUUUAAAACUGUAGCAUUCAGUAUUCAUGCCUUCAAUUUGAAUAAAAGUUCCAAAACAAAA